GAAACAGCGUUCGCGUCUACGGGCGCGGCUUUGCGUCUCGAGCUGGCGUUUUACACGGUAAAAUGUCCUCCCUCGAUUAUCUGGACCUGUGUCGACUGUGUCUCGUGAAGGACCGUGUUUCGGUGCCGAUUUUCGAUGGCGAGGGAGACGUACGGCAGAUUUUUCUCAAGAUCGCCGCCUGUCUACCGGUCAAGGUUGAAAGAGAAGACAAAUUACCCAAGAAAAUAUGCGAUGACUGUGUGUAUAAAGUAGAAUUAUUUUACCAAUUUUGGAAUACUACAGCGAAUGCAGAAAAGCAACUGCUACAAUGGCUAGGAGAAGUUGGUGGGGAAGGUGGUGGCAAACAGGGUUAUGUUUCCAAUGCACUCAAUCCGAAUGUGAUGAAACAAGAACAGAGUACAGAGAACAGGUUAGAUGGAAAUGUGAUGCAGCAAGUGAGUGAGCAUCAGAACAAUAUGGGUAUGGGUAUGAUGGACAACAUGGGCCUGGGCAUUCCUAUGAUGUUACCCAAUACUAACCAGCAACAACAAAUAACCUCAGUUCCUAUGGACACAAGUGGCAGUUCUGCACAAACGGUACAAGCAGUGCCUGGUCCAAGUUCACAAACUACACAUAACCAAAUAUCGCAGAAUCAAACCAGCUCAACACAGCAAGAAGACGAAGAGGAGAGUAGUGAGGAUGAAGAGAACUCCGAUGAUGAGUGCGAUGGGGAUGAAGGCCUACCUGUAAAAGAAGAGAGUGAAGAAGAUCCGAAUAGUAGAACCAUAGAGCCUACAACCUUUGUAAAUGUUUCCUUGGCGUGUGAUGAAGCAGGUCCUUCAGGAUUGCAACAACAAAAAAUCGCAGACAUGCCCGAGAUGCCAAUGCCACAAUCAACAGAUGGGGAUCCCAAAACUGGGUUUGAGCUCGAAAGCCUCAGCUCGCGCGGUAUCUUUAUCUACGACAAGGAGUCGGUGGUUAUGAAAAAAUGGCAGAUCCUGGAGUUCGACGGGAAGCCGUACUACGCGUUUGUACCUGAAGGCGACGCGCCGUUGCCCGAGGACGACAUACCGGAGGAGUUCGAGGAGUCGGGUCACAAAGUGGAGAAGCAGGAUUUCGUGAAGGUCGAGUGCCUGUACAACGAGGACGAGCUACAGUACGAUUCCACGGACGAGAAGCUGUACGACGAGGAGCACCUGUUGAACGGAAGUAUCGAGCAAAGGGAAGACGAAGAAGAGGACGUGAAGCCGAUCAUUCUGAACGGUUCCCUGGAGGGUGAUAACGAUAAUAUCGGGGAUUUGUAUCAGGUCAAGGUCCAAGGUAGCAUGGUUACCAUAGAGAAGCUAACGUCCGGUGAGACGGACGAGAAAAACAUCGACUACCAACAGGAGACGGAGGAUCAGGAGAUCUACGCCGAACAACUAGAACAAUUAGAACAGAUCGACGAUCUAGAACAAGGGGACCAAUCGGACCAAAUCGAACAAGUGGAGUACUUAGAGGAGGACAUUCUAGAAGCAGCGAACAAUCACAUGAUGCCUGCGAGAACGCGCAGAAAAAUCUCGAGGAACUCUGGUGGGGCGUUGAAGUGCAAGGUAUGCUCCGAGAUGUUCAGCUCGGCGAUCUCGUUCCGUAAACACGUCGCCUGGACGCACAAGAAAAAGGUUUGCAUACAAGAGGACGGCGCCUACAUCUGCGCCGUCUGCGAUUACAGGACUCUGAAGAAGAGCCUGUUCGCCGCCCAUUUGGAGAGAAAGCACGAGACCUGGUCCAGAAAACGACCGAACAACAUGCUGUUCCCGUGCGCAACCUGCGGGUUUGUCUGCAGAUCGAAACACUCGUUGCAGUCCCACUUCAUUCGCAAGCACACCGAUCGGUACGAGCAUCAGUGCAAGUUCUGCUCGAAGAAAUUCAAGGUGAAGGGCGAUCUGACGAAUCACGUGCGGUUUCAUCACAAAGAAAAACCGAUCAACUGCGACGUAUGCGGGAAACUGUGCCAGAACAGCGGCUCGUUGUACGUGCAUCAGAAAUGGGCACAUUACAAGCCCAAGUACGAGUGUCACAUAUGCAAACGGCGUAUGGUCACGCAGGAGAACCUUGACCAGCAUCUGUUGACGCAACACGAGAAACGUGAGAAGAUCGUGUGCGCUGAGUGCGGGAAAACGUUCACCAAGAAGGACUCGUUCAAGAGGCACAUGGCGGUGCACACCGGGUGCAAGCCACAUUCCUGUCUGAUCUGCAACAAACCGUUCGCCCGUAGAUCGCAGUUGAGACAGCAUCUGUUGAUCCACACCGGGAAAAGGCCGUUCGUGUGCGACAUAUGCGGGAAAGCGUUUACUCAAAAGCCAGGUCUGAUCUGUCACAGGAAAACUCAUCCUGGACCGCAUCCACCGUUGCCCGUCAUGCCUAUCGCGGACAUCGUGAAAGAGUUCACCGAGGGAUACGUUCAAGAGAUCAGCGCGCGCGAACACGAGGAGAGAAUCGAAGAGGAAGCGUAA